CAAUAUAGAAAUAUAGAAAGGAAGCACUUGAAAGCCGUAAUGGAGAAUCCAUGUUUAUUGUUGAAGAUUAAAAUAAUUUUGGUCAUGGAGGAGCUGUAUAAUAUGAAUACAAUAGUACCCCAAGCAAGUGAACUUAGUUAUAUGGAUGCAUCUGAUCCUUCGAUCCUCUAA